AUGAUUAAAGUAAUUUUUUAGAAAUAACUAAUUAAUAUUGGACGUUAAUUACAGGGUAAUUCUGGUAAUUAACUAUUAUCCAGUAGCUUACUUUGUUAAGUUUUUCACAAAUCAAAGGUGCUAAUAUGAGGCCAAAGGUUUUAAUGAUAGCUAUAUAGUUUAGCCUUUGAAAAUGGACUAUGACAAGGUUUUAAUGAUGAAGUACUGUAAGCUAUGUGGUUUGUUAACCAAUGAACCCUCAAAAUGCUAGAUUGAGAUGUGA